AUGAAUAUUUUCCAUAUCAAUGCUGUGUAUGAAUAUGUUUUACAAUGUCAUGAUCUCAAACAAGAUAUUUGCAUUUUAGAGACAGAAAUCAUUCAAAAACCUGUAGAAACCAUUGAAAAACCCAUAGACGUAUGUGGAAUAGAUAAAAAGGAAAUUGUAGUGUUAAGUACGGAAUCUAAUCAAUUCUUGGAAGAACCAAUAAGUGAUUGCAUUAAACGAAAUUGUCCUGAAUAUCAUGUGUUGUGGAAGAAAAAGUCUGAUAAGAAGAAAUGUCUUGUGGCAACCUUUAAGCUCUCUAGAAUCAACCACAACGUAGACUCUGUGUUAAAGGAUCUUGAGUUGACAGGUAAAAGAAUUUUGGUGGUCAUCGUACAUUUUCAUGACGAAAACAAUCCGCCUCCAUCGUUUUCCAACAUUCAACUUAAAAGAGAGGAAAUAGAUGGCUAUGUAAAUAUGCUGUAUUAUAAUAAUUCUUGCUACGAUUGUGACACAAACCAGUCUGCAAUAGAUGAAAUUUUGAAAUUUAUUGACAAUCCUUAG